UGAUUGAUAAACUCCGAACAGUUGUCUCCAAAGUGUUGUGAUUAGCAAGUGGUUGUGUAAUGUGUUGAGCUGAGUGCCGGCUGGGUGUAGCGGAGUGGCGGGUCGGUAGCGCUACAUGCAGGGGCGCGCGGCCGCAGGCCCGGGCGGGCUCCGCUCCAACCCGCGCGCCCUCCCGCCGGUGCUGCCGCCGCCGCCCCAAUUCGCGACCGACCAGGAAGCGAUGCCGGCCAACCAGAUAGCCCAGGUGAUCGCCUUGAUAUGCGGCCUGCUGGUGGUGAUCCUGAUGGUGCUGGGGCUGGCGUCGGCGGACUGGCUGAUGGCGGCGGGCUGGCGGCAGGGGCUCUUCAUGCACUGCAUAGACCCCGAGGCUCCCACGCCGCUGCCCUUCGACAUCACGGCGCAGCCCGGCUGCUACGCUGCCAGGCCUACCUCUUAUAUUAAGGCGUCGGCGGGGCUGUGCGUGGCGACGCUGGCGGCGGACGUGUGCGGCGCGCUGCUCACGGGGCUGGGGCUGCGCGCCGCCGACCACCGCACCAAGUUCCGCUACUACCGGUUCGCGGUGCUCGCCAUGUCGCUCGCACUGAUGUGCAUCUUAAUAGCGCUAGUCAUCUACCCGGUGUGCUUCGCCGCAGAACUGAAUUUAGGAAACCGAUCGGUUUGGGAGUUCGGCUGGGCCUAUGGCGUCGGCUGGGGCGCCGCCAUUUUCCUGUUCGGCGCCGUCGUUCUCCUGCUGUGCGACAAGGAGAGCGAGGAGCUCUACUACAAGGAACGAAAAGUGGUCCACACGGAGCGCACGGGGCGCCCCUAGGGCCGCCCGCGCCUGCCCGACCUGGUGCCGUGAGCACCGCCUCGCUAGCACCGACGCGCACGCCCGCUGGGUGUGAGACCGAGGUAACGUUGCGUACCGACACACACACACACACCUGACUGUGCGAUUGUAACAUA